AUGAAAUCAGGUUUCACUUCUUCGGUAAACUCAACACCUCAAGAUCAGGAACUUCAACCUAUAAAAUCCAAAGUAUACGUUGAUGAUUUACAUAUUACCUCAAUUUUAUCCAAUCGAGGGGCAGUCAUUAAUGUUGACCAUGAAAUAGAUGAUGACGAAGCUUUAAUAUUGGCAAUGGGUUAUAAGCAAGAGUUAAAAAGGGAAUUUUCAUUAUGGACUGUAUUUGGUGUUAGUUUUUCAGUUUUGGGAAUUCUUCCAUCAGUAGCUGCAACAUUUGAUUAUCAACAACUAGUUGCAGGAUUAUCACCAACAUGUUGGUUGAUUGCAGCACUUUUUAUAAUCAAUAUAUCUUUAAGUAUGGCCGAAAUUGCGUCUGCAUUUCCAUGUUCAGCUGGUACACCAUAUGCUGUUUCUCAAUUAGCUCCACCAUUUUGGAAAGCUUAUUUAACAUGGUUCACAUGCUGGUCUAAUUGGUUAUGUCAAGUAACAGCUGCUCCAUCUGUUUCUUACUCAAAUGCUUGUUUAAUUUUGGGUAUUUAUUCAUACAACAGUUCUUCAUACACCCCAACAAAUGCUCAAAUAUUUGGACUAGCCACUGCAAUUAUGAUAGUGUGUGGAUUGAUGUGCUCAACAACUUCAAGAUGGGCAGCAAGAUUUAGUUCAACUGGUACGGUUUGUAAUAUUUUCUUUUUAGUCAUAGUGUUUGUGAUGGUUUUGGGUGGUAACAAUCGUGCAGAGGUUCAGAAUAAACCAAUUCCAAAAUUUAAUUCAAAUUCAAAAGCAUGGAGUUUAGAUAAUCAAACUGAUUGGCCAACUGGUAUUGCUUUUCUCCUUUCAUUUCUUGGUUGUAUUUGGGGUGCUUCUGGUGCUGAUGCUCCAUUACACGUGGCAGAAGAGUGUUCCAAUGCUUCACUUGUUGUUCCAAGAGCCAUCGUGUUGACUUCAAUGUCAGGUUUAUCUAUUGGAUUUAUUUUCAUUAUAGCAAUCGCAUACACCUUAUAUGAUUUGGCUGAAAUUGCUGCUGAUCCUCAAGGAUUAGGUCAACCUUUUUUAACUUAUCUUUCACAAAUUAUGAAACAUGAUCUAUUGAAUGCUGCUAUUGCUUUAACAAUCAUAUCUUCAUUCUUCAUGUCAUAUACUUGCCUAUUUGCUGCAUCCAGAGUCACAUAUGCUUAUUCGAGAGACGGUUUGUUCCCUGGCUCUAAAAUUUGGAAGAGAGUUUCACCAUUAACUCAUACUCCUAUAUGGGCUGUUGUUUUUAAUAUUAUAAUUGGUGAAUUAUUAUUAUUAUUGAUUUUUGCGGGAGAUGUAGCUAUAGGUGCUAUAUUUAGUGUUGGAGGAAUACUGGGGUUUGUCAGUUUUGUUAUGCCAACUUUGCUCAAGAUCACAUAUGCUAGAAACACAUUUAAGAGAGGUCCUUGGCAUUUGGGAAAAUUAUCACAACCAAUUGGAUGGAUAUCAGUUGCAUUCAUUGGCUUAAUGGUACCAAUAUUGUGUUUCCCUACAGUUAAAGGUAAAAACUUAUCACUUCAAGACAUGAACUGGACUGUAGUGGUUUUCUUUGGUCCAUUACUUUUAGCAACAAUUUGGUUUCUUGUAGAUGCACAUAAGUGGUAUAUUGGUCCGAGAAGCAAUAUAAAUGAAAUAGAUAUUACUUACCCAGAUGAACUUGAUGGCGAAGAUACCCUGGAAAAUACUCAAGUAAUUGAAGCACAAACAGUUCAUGACUUUGGUGAUGAAAAAAAAGGUGAAAAAUAG